GAUCUAAAUCGGACAGCGAAUUCCCCUGACGGCACAUAUGGUGUGACGGGUUAUCGGGUUAAUCCCCAAACCCUGCUUCAGUUCUUCCUCUUUCCAUCCCCAAGUUCUUCUUCUUCAUCGCAUCGCAUCACAAAUAAAGAAUCUGAAGAAAUGGAUCCAAUUAUGCCGAUUGUAGCACUGUCAGUGAUCCUGGGAGCAAUCAUUGCAUUCCUCUUCUUCAACACUUACUUCCGUAACCGCCAAUCGGAGCUUCGAUCCCUCGCCGAUCCCAAUAUCAAUCCCAAACCCCCCUCCUCUCAUUCCAAACCCUCCCACCCACCUCCUUCCAAGAAAACCCACUCCAAAUCCCACUCCCACUCCGAUAAGGAUCAAACCAAGCGACAUCAUCCAUUGGAUUUGAACACCCUGAAAGGCCAUGGUGAUGCUGUUAAUGGGUUAUGCUUCUCCCCUGAUGGGCAAAAUCUGGCAACAGCUUGUGCGGAUGGAAUAAUAAGGAUAUUUAAGUUGGAGGAUGCUUCAAGUAAAAGUUUCAAGUUUAUGAGAAUCAAUUUGCCUGCUGGAGGUCAUCCAAUGGCUGUUGCAUUUUCUGGUGAUACAUCCUCCAUUGUUGUGGCAUCUCAUACACUCUCUGGUAGUUCAUUAUACAUGUAUGGGGAAGAGAAACCUAAAGCUUCUGAAAACAACACACAAACAAAGCUUCCUCUCCCCGAAAUUAAGUGGGAACAUCACAAAGUUCAUGACAGAAGAGCUAUAAUAACUUUGUUUGGAGCCAAGGCAAGUUAUGGAAGUGCCGAUGGAAGUACAAUUAUUGCCUCAUGUUCAGAAGGGACUGAUAUCAUGCUUUGGCAUGGAAGAACUGGGAAGAAUCUGGGUCAUGUCGAUACUAAUCAAUUGAAAAAUAACAUGGCUGCUAUAUCACCCAAUGGGCGUUUUAUUGCGGCUGCAGCCUUUACUGCAGAUGUUAAGGUCUGGGAGAUUGUGUAUGCAAAGGAUGGAUCUGCCAAAGAAGUUGCAAAUGUUAUGCAGCUCAAGGGGCAUAAGAGUGCAGUAACUUGGUUAUGCUUUUCCCCAAACUCCGAGCAAAUAAUCACAGCAUCAAAGGAUGGAUCAAUGAGAAUAUGGAAUAUCAAUGUUCGCUAUCAUCUCUCUGAGGAUCCAAAGACACUAAAGGUGUUUCCAAUUCCUCUUCAUGAUUCUGCUGGUACUACUUUGCACUAUGACCGCCUUAGUAUUUCGCCAGAUGGAAAAAUUUUGGCUGCAACCCAUGGUUCGACAUUGCAGUGGUUAUGUGUUGAGACUGGAAAGGUUUUGGAUACAGCUGAUAAAGCCCAUGAUGGUGAUAUUACGUGCAUUUCCUGGGCACCAAAAAGUAUUCCAAUGGGAAAAGAACAAGUCUUGGUGUUGGCAACAGCCAGCACCGACAAGAAAGUCAAGUUGUGGGCAUCUCCAUCACUCUCCUGAAUAUGACCGCUUUUCUAGUGCGCUAAUCGCAAUAUUUUGGAGGCCCAAGCACCCACUGACGACUGAUUUAUAUUAGUGAAUGCUUAAAAAGUUCUCAGCUUUGAUCUCUUCCUCUUUGGUUCUGUCACUUUACAAAAUGAUUAAAGCUGCAUGGUUUGUACCACGGAAAAUUGGAAGAAAAAUGAAAGGAUGAGCCAGAAAUACAUAAGCAGCAGAGUUCUGAUAGACUUUGAACCUCACAAAAUUUAAUAGUACAUAUAGACAAUGUUGCUGGUUUUGUUUCUAAUGAGAAUAUAACAUAGACAAUGUUGGUUGCUAA